AAUAUUGCAUUUUUUAUAUUAAUAAAAAUAUUUAUUGCAUGAUAAAUUUUAUUUUGCAAUGAAUUUUCAAACUCUUGUAGAAAAGAAAAGUAUGAAUUUGAAACCUUCUAGAACAGUUAUUACAGAUACUCUUGGUAGAAGAUACGAAGUUGUAAAUGGGAUAAAGAAAGAAUUAGCACAAGGUUUACCAUUUGUUCUUGAUGAAAAGCCUGAUAUGCAUAUUGCUUGUAUUAUACAUGGUUUAUUUCUUAGUUCACAAGAUCCUGCUGUCAGUAUAGAAAUACUUAAGAAAUAUAACAUAAAACAUAUUUUAAGUGUCGGUAUUAAUUUGUAUCUUAAAUUUAAUAGCAUAGAAUAUUAUCAAUGCGAGUUACUAGAUUUGCCAGAAUCAGAUAUAUUCUUACCAGUAAAAACAUGUAUUAAUAUAAUACACCAAAAUCGUCAUGAAAAUAUUCUUGUACAUUGUAAUGCAGGAGUGUCCCGCUCACCAACUAUUGUUAUUUCUUAUUUGAUGGCUUUAGAAAAUCUUUCAUAUGAUGAAGCAUACGAAAAAGUUAAAAGUAAAAGAAAUUGUAUCAAACCUAACAGUGGAUUUGUUCAACAAUUAAGAAAAUUAAAUGUAUCAGAUUUACUAGAAUAAGAUUAAAAUAUGAUAUUACAUAUUGGGAGAGAAAAGAAAAACUCCUGUGUAACAAUAAAUCAGUUAUGUAGUAUAUUCUUACAAUAAAAUUCACGUGUUUUGACAUUA